CUUAACUGUUAAUAGAUGGCGGCACUUAUUAACUUUUGUUGUACACGUGACAUCAAAUAUCAGGGUAACUCGUGUACCGUUUCAUCAUGUCGGACGCUGAGUGGGAAAACGAUGAUUUCGAGCCUCCUCCAGUUGUUACCGUUCCACUGAUGAAUGACAGAUGGGAAGGGGAAGACGAAGAUGAUGUCAAGGAAAAUUGGGAAGAUGAAGAUGAAGAUGAUGAAGUUAAAGAUAAGGAAGAGAAAGAAACAGAAUCAGUAAAAGCCACCCAACCCAAGAAGAAGAAGACAAUAAACCAGAUAUUAGCUGAAAAAGAAGAGAAAAAAUUGAAAAAACUGGAAGAAAAAGUAAAAAAAGAAGAAGAAAGCAAGAAACAACUAUCACCCGAAGAAAUAUAUGCAGAAAAAUUAAAACAACGAGAGAUGCAAGAAAAAGCAGAUUUGGAAUUAGCAAAAGAUGCUUUUGGUGAGAAAGAAAUAAGUCAAGGAGUAAUAGAUUCAAUGUUACCAUCAACAAAGGAAGAAUUUGAUGAGUUUAGGAAAGCACUUGUAACAAAAAUCUCUCAGGUUGAGAAAUCAACUCAUUACAUAUUAUUUCUGGAUGAUCUUUUUAGGGAAUUGACUGUAAAUUUGGAAGCAGAUGAUGUGAAAAAAUUAACUAGUACCUUGAAUGCAAUGGCAAAUGAGAAAGUGAAAGCACAAAAGGUUGGAAAACAUAAAAAGAAGGCGAAAAAGGCGAGUGUCAAUGUGGGAAAAGGACUAGACGAUCUUGGAUAUGCAGAUUAUGCUGAUGAAUACGAAGAUUUUAUAUAAUAAUGGACAAAUUGAUGAUCCACUAGGUUCUCUUUGAGAUGCACUACUCAGCGUUGUAAUAUCUCCAACAACAGUGAUGAAUCGUUUCUUUACCUAAUAAAUUUAUUAUUAAAAAACUUUGAUCAUUAGAAAGUCUUUUUGUGUAUGUGGUACAAGAAGCAGCUUAUCAUGACAGUGUAUUUCAAACUUAGAUACACCUGUUUUCUUAGUACAUAUUUUUGUAGAGAAAACAAAAAGUAAAAAAAAAAAAAUCUGCCUCAUUAAUGUAUGCACAGUUUUGUUUUGCAUGAGAUGGUGGUGCUACCAUUUUAACUCAGCUUUGAAAAGCCUGUCAUUUAACAUAAUGAAAUGCUAGAAUUCGGUGUAACUAAAGAGUGACUUGUUAAACUGGAGAGAAAAAUACACACUUCAUUUUCAGAGUGACAAUUAUUUUAAAGAUAAUUGUGUGACCCAGACAGUUUAUUAUUUUGAAAUAAGUUUGAACUCAUAUUUAUGAACAGUUUUAUGCUGAUGGACAUGUUGACUAGAAAGUUGGCAUAAUGAAGGCAUGUAAUUCAAAACUAAUAAAUUCAAUUCAAAAUCUUGUA